UUGAAGACACGGCACUGAAGACAAUUAAGAGAUGGGUCGCCGCAUAUGAAUAAGGCGGUCCUCGGUUGCGGAUGCUACACCCCUAAAGUAGAAGGUUCGAGGGUCCUCGGAUCCUUUUGUACCUUAGCUCUAGAAUUCUAGCAUCCGAGUUCCCUCUCACGGUAGGAAGAUAUUAGUUACGUACAGCAAGGCACACACAUUCGUGAGUGUUACGAGUCACCCUAACCUAAAUACACAAAGCAUUAUAUGCCCUACUUCACGGAAGACAAGGUUCAACAUUUAUGUGCACCAUAUAACUCGGAUAAACGUGGCAUAAAAUAAACCUGAGAUAUCGAAAUGCGAUAUUACCGCUACCAGAAACAAGUGACGCCAAACCAAACAUCCAGCGGCAAUUACAAAAAAUAUAUCAACGGAUGGUGACGGCGGUGGCUCAUAUCCCCACAAUCUACUUAACUGGUCUGGUUCCAUCCGAUGAUGAAGUAUACACGGUAUUUGGAGGAUAUUGACAUCUCAAUGCUUGAAGAAUGGCUAAAUAAUAAACAACGCGCAAGGAAAAUUUAAGUUAUUCAACAUACGAAAAACAAUCAUCUUGUGUAUGACGUACCAAAAGUGGCAACGCUGCGUGAACGUAACCUCAAAAAAUUUGUUUUUUUUUCUUCAUUUGUGCAUUCAGUGGCGUUAGGAUUUGCCUGUAACCAUGUCUGAGGAAGACUGCUUUGUUUUUCUUGAACCGAAACAAGAAAAAGAAAUCAAUGAAUCCAUAGACGAGGAUGAUUUUGUAACCAAUGAGAUCUUGGCGAAUAUAAAAAAGGAAUGGACGGAGAAUGGUAACAAGCAGGAGGCUGAACUUUACUUGCAUUCUGCGCAACCCCUUGCAUUUAUAGAAGAGAAAAUCGGUGACAAUGCAACAGUGAUGUGCCAUUGUGGUAGUUGCCCGUACGUGACUGCAUGCAAGAAGAGCAUCAAAGGGCAUUUUUUACAGUGUGCCAAUUCCAAAGAGUCCCCGAGUGGACCAUAUUAUUACACUGCAUCGCUGAAGAAUCAACAGAACAUUUCUAAAGUGCUUCAUUGCGGUCUGUGCUCGUAUUCAACAAAAUACAAAACUAAUCAACGAAAGCAUGGUUUCACACACAAAUCGAGAACACUGAAAUGUGAUCACUGUAGUUACUCAACGAAUAAUCAGCAAUAUUUAAAUCAGCACCUUCAGAAACACGGCAUAUUUAAGGAGUUCAUUUGCUCCCUUUGCAAUUACAAGGCGAAGAAUGCCAAAGACCUAAAACAACACGUCUCAUACACUAAAGAUCCAAGGGAAUUCAGGUGUUUUCAUUGCGAUUACGUCACUAAAAUGAAACACUGCCUGACACGUCAUCUCUUAACACAUCAGAAAAUCAGACAGCUGGAUUUCAAAUGUGAACAAUGCAGCUACGCAACGGAUGACAGGACAGUUUUAAAACGACAUCGACUAACGCACUCCUCCAAGGACUUUAAAUGCACCCACUGCAAUUAUGAGACGAAUAUCAAGAUUUAUUUAUCUCGACACCUACUAAAUCAUAAAACCUCGAUCGAUUUCAGAUGUGCACACUGCGAUUAUGCCACGAAUAUUAAACAGUGCCUUAAGCUGCACGUCUUGACACACAAAGUUGCCAAAGAUCUAUACUGUGACAAGUGCAGUUAUAAGACGACGAACAAGAUGUACCUAAGAAAACACCUCGUACGUCACACGCUAUCCGAAGUCUUCAAAUGUGUUCUGUGCGAUUUCGCAACGGGUGUUAAACAACGUCUGGAACGUCACCUCUUAAUUCACGACACCUCGAAAUUGUGGCAAUGCGAGAUUUGCAAUUAUAAGACAAACGUUGAGCCGUACUUUAAUAAACAUCUCUUAAUACAUAAAAGCAUAUUCAGAUGCUCCCAUUGUCAUUUUAAAACGCACCUGGAGAAAUAUCUACGACGACAUCUCCUACAUGGCGAUCACAAGGUGACGAAAGAUUUCAAAUGUGAUGAGUGCGAUUAUGUGACGCAUCACAGGGGUACUUUCAACUAUCACCUAAAAAUUCACAAUAAAUCCCAACAAUUUAAAUGUGAACAGUGCGAUUAUCAAACACAUAACAAGAAAAAUCUGAAGAAUCAUGCCGUCAGACACACAAACUCGAGUGUGUUUAAAUGUGACCAUUGUGAUUUUUCGACGUCUUGGAAGAAGUAUUUACCGCAACAUCUGCUGAGGCACAAGUGAGGAAGUUGCUUCGUGUCUGACACUACAUAGGUCAAUGAGUUCUCUUGUUUUGAAUUGGACAGAAACCAAGAACUGUAGUAGAGCUGUAUCCGUCACGUCUAUAAUAUUUUAUUUGUUAUUCACUUAUAAAUAACAGUGAACAAAUAUUGUGAAAGUAGGACAAAGGAUUAAGCUCAAA